UCUCAGUGAAUGCGGACGUCAGAACCACAAUCAACUAAACUGCUAAUUGUUUCUCUCCAACAGGAUUUUAUAUUUCUCAGAGACAUAUCACAAUCAGGGCUGAGCAGUGCCACCCACCAGUGCCAUGGCUGGCAUCACUAUCCGGAGAUUUGAGGAAGACGACAAGGAGACCGUGAAGGAGAUCUUCACCAUGGGGAUGAGCGAGCACGUCCCUUCCUCCUUCAUGCACCUCCUCAAACAGCCCCUGACCCAGAUGAUCCUGAUGGUCACGUUCUGCGCCCUGCUGGCCAGCUCCARGUCCGUCCUGCUGCCUGUAGUAGGGGUCACUCUCCUCCUGGCCGGGGCCAAGCAGCUGGUGGGCUACBUCUUCAACAGCUACAUCGACACCUCCCUGAGGAAGGACCUCGACCACAUCCAGGAGACCUACCUGGAGAACAAGGACUCGUGUUUCUGGGUGGCUGAGAGCGACGRCCGGGUGGUGGSWWCGGUGGCCUGCCUGCCYGCGGAGAGRGAACCGGGCUGCAUGGAGCUGAAGAGGUUGUCUGUACGUCGGACACACCGGGGGAUGGGUAUCGCUAAGGCCCUCAGYAGGACAGUGGCAGACUUCAGCAGGGAGAGAGGCUUCCCUGCGGUCGUYCUCUACACGUCUGUAGUGCAGACUGAUGCACAGAGGCUGUAUGAGAACUUAGGCUACACACGGGUCAGAGAGUUCGUCAUCCCUGAGCCCAUCGCCAAAAUCACCAACUUUACCUUGAUAGAGUACAGACUGGACUUACUGCAGGGGGGGAAAUAGGAAGAGGACUGGACUUACUGCAGGGGGAUAUAGGAGGAGGACUGGACUUACUGCAGGGGGGAAAUAGAAGGAGGACUGGACUUACUGCAGGGGGAAUAGGAGGAUGACAGGACUUACUGCAGGGGGAUAUAGGAGGAGGACUGGACUUACUGCAGGGG